UGUCACUCGCCGUCGGGCGGCUGUGUGGAGCGGACGGCGGAACGCGGGACGUCGCUUUCCACCGCGGAGGGAACCGGACAGCGGAACUGGCGGCCGGAGCUUCACCGUCACGGUCGGCGUCCGAUGGGCUUUGCACAGGGACUCCACGGAGCACCAUGAAGCGGCGAUCGUUAGCGAUGAUGAUCGCGGCCCUGGCUGUGGAAUUGGGUUUGUUCUUGUGUGCCGCGGGGGUCGCGCACGCUGCACCGCGGGGAGGUGACAGCAGCAGCGCCUGGACGGCCAGGAGGCACCCCCGCGAGGCCCCUGGGACCACCACGGGGCCGUCGAACGAAUCGCUUCCCAAUCACCUGCUGGAGGAGAAGCCGGUUGCACCUGCCGAGCCCGCGAUCGCAGCGGCGGACCGCGCAGCGGCUGUCAACGUGACCGGUUUAAAUGGCACGUAUGUGCUGAAUGCGGCAACUGUUGCGUCGCGCGCGCCCGGCGGUCCAGCUGUGAACGUCACGGCUGCACCGGCGCUCCCCCGGAGCACGAGUCAGUGGGGGGAGUCUUCAUCGAGCGCGGCGGUUAAGGCGACCCUCACCACGAAAAGCCAACCAGUUGAAUUCCCCUGCAACUGUAGCAGUGAGGGAGCUCUGGACCCCGAGGACUGUGAUGGGACAACCGGCCAGUGCUCCUGCCUGCCAGGCUACAUCGGCCUGCAGUGUGACACCUGCGAGGAUGGCUAUUUCAACAACGGCUCCACCGGCUGCCUGCCUUGUGGCUGUGACUCAUUUGGUGCCGUGGACCACUUGUGCAACAGCUCAGGGAUGUGCACGUGUAAGAUGGGAGUGUAUGGACCACAGUGCGAUGACUGCCAGCCGGGUUAUUUCCGCUUCAGUAGCACGGGGUGCCAGCCCUGCCAGUGUCACAACCACUCGAGCUACUGCCACCCGCAGUCUGGCAUCUGCCUGGAGUGCCAAGGGAACACACAAGGCCCGGCUUGCGAGGAAUGCAAACCAGGUUUCUACCGCGGACCUGGUGCUGCCCAGACGAACAACUGCCUUCCGUGUCCCUGCUCGACCCUCACCUCCACAGGCAGCUGCCAUUUUGAAGCCAGCGGCCUCCCAGUGUGUGACAAAUGUAAAGCAGGCUACAACGGCACCAACUGCAACCACUGUGCAGAUGGCUUCUACAUGUCAGCAGGCGUAUGCCUACCUUGUAACUGCAGUGACAAUGCAGACCCCCUGUCAUUCCCACGUCUUUGUGACCCAGUCACCGGCAACUGCCUGAGGUGCACCAACCACACAGCUGGCCCCCGGUGCGAGUACUGUGCCCCCGGCUACUUUGGCAAUGCCCUGGGCAAAGGCUGCUUCCAAACAGAAGUGAGGCUCCUCCCCUUUCCAGAAAACACUAUGGAGGCAAUGACAGUGGCGACUAUCAGCGUGACUCCAUCCACUAAUAGCAGCUUGGCAAGCAGCACCCCCAACAACUCCACAGAGUCCACUACCCCGCUAAUCACGAGUACAACCGUAACCGUGACCCAAAGCACGAUCCCUUCCACGACCCCAACUGUAUUUACAUCAACAUCAAUAACCCCGACCAUCACUGUAACCACAUCCACAGCCCCAACCACAACCAUGACCACAACUUUGAGCAACAGCCUGGGCAGCCCCACAGACAACACAACAGCCGCUGAGGCCGCCAUCUCCUGGGCCCAAUUCAACAUCAUCAUCCUGGCUGUGAUCAUCGUGGCUGUUGUGCUGCUCAUGGGCGUCGCUGCCGCUGUCUACAUGUACCGCGAGUACCGGAACCGCAAGCUGAAUGCCCCUUUUUGGACCAUUGAGCUCAAGGAGGACAACAUCAGCUUCAGCAGCUACCAUGACAGUCUGCCCAAUGCAGAUGUCUCCGGCCUGCUGGAGGGAGAGGGCGGUGAGGUGGCCCCCAGCGGCCAGCUCGCUCUUAGCAGCCCCGCGAACAUGUACAAGGCAUAGCAUACCUGUCGACUACACCCGCUCCUUUUACAAAC